UGUUUUUUUAAAGUUUGUCCUCCCUGCUACCCGUAGACAUGUUAGCGCUGGUGUUUCACGACGAACUCAAUUGAACGUUCUCUUGUCUAAACAAUCACAUUUGUCCGCAAAAUAACGCAAUAUGACUUUCCAGUGUCAGCGGGACUGUUAUAUGAAAGAGUUCGUCACAACUGUAGCUUCAUGCUGCCCUGCGGAGCUCCGGCAGGAAAUUGGUGGAAAGAAAGAAACCCUGAAGGGGUUCAAUGUGAAGCUGCAAGACACCAUCUUAUUUCCCGAGGGAGGUGGGCAGCCGGACGACCGCGGGCUGAUCGCUGACGUCCCCGUUUUGAGGGUGACCAGACAGGGCCAAGACGCCGCCCACUUCGUGGGCUCGCCGCUGGAGGCGGGUCACGAGGUGCGAGUGAAGGUGGACUGGGAGAGGCGCUUUGACCACAUGCAGCAGCACUCAGGACAACACUUGAUCACAGCCUUGGCGGAAACCAUGUUUGGAUACAUGACCACAUCUUGGGAGCUGGGACGUCAGAGAAGUAACAUUGAAUUGGACACUCCGUCUGUUCAAGCGGCCCAAGUACAAGCCCUGGAGGAUGCCGUGAAUGAGAAGAUCAGAGCCCACAUCCCAGUCAACGUUCAACUACUUUCUCGUGACAGUCCUGAGGUGGAAAAAGUGAGGAGUCGAGGGUUGCCAGACGACCACGCGUGGCCUAUUCGAAUUGUCGAUAUCGAGGGCGUCGACGCCAACAUGUGCUGCGGAACGCACGUGUCCAACCUCAGUCACUUACAGGUAAUUAAGCUGCUGGGGACAGAGAAAGGAAAGAAAAACAAAACCAACCUGAUUUUCCUGGCAGGUAACCGCGUGCUGAAGUAUGCAGAAAAAAGCUACAGCACCGAACGCUCUUUGGUGGCUCUUCUCAAAACUGGACCCGACGAGCACGUGGGGGCUGUGGACAAGCUGCAGAAGUCCAUGAGGCUUAUGCAGAAAGCUAACACAAGCCUGCUACGAGACAUGGCGCUCCUUGUCGCUCACAACUUUAAGAAUGACCCACACAGGGGUAACUUUUUAAGCUUGCACAAAAAAGAAGGAGACAACGAGUUCAUGAAUACUAUCGUCAAUGAAAUAAACACUAAGGAAACUUUGGUUUUCCUGACUGUAGGAGAGGAAAAGGGGCCCGGUUUGUUCCUGCUGGCCGGACCCAGCGAGCAAGUGACAGAGAUGGGACCACAGGUGUUAGAGCUGCUACAAGGGAAGGGAGCGGGAAAAAACGGACGUUUCCAAGGCAAAGCGAACAGCCUGGCGCGAAGAGGGCAGGCGGAAGCUUUACUACGACAAAAGUGCAAUCAUCACCCCCGAAAAGAAGAAUAA